GGAGCCUCACCUCCUUACCACUCACCAUUUAUUUUCUCCCCCGUUCCGCCUGCAGCUCCCUCUCUGCGUGUACGAAGCAUCUCUCCACUUAACCGACAGUUUCACUCAGACUGCUCCGUCGAGCCACCACCAGAGCAGUGAAACAUCAAGCUCUCUCUCUCCCCCCAUCAGCACCUCCGUCACAAAGCUGUCAGCAGAAAGUCCCCAGAGCGCGAAGGAAAACAUAUUUCUUCUCUUCGUCUCAAGCGGUCUGGUCGGCUUCAACGGUCUCCCUCUAGCUCGUGAUAAUCUGGACGCCACACAAUGCCUCCGCAGCGCCACGCCAACAAGGUGCUUCGUGUGCUGUGCACGACGUACAUUCUUCUCUCGCUUACCGUCCAAUGGAUUGUGGUGUGGGUGCUGCAGGCGACCUUCAUCGUCCUCUCGUUCCCGUUCACGACGUCCGACUUCCGACAGGACAUCUGCGGCCACAUCUUCCGCAAGAUCAGCUUCGUCGGCAUGGAUUUGCUGAACCCCUUCUGGCACAUCCACGUGCUGAACAAGUUCCCCGAGGUGAAGAAAAAGAAAGUUAUUCUCAUGCUGAACCACCUCAGCGCCGCGGAUCCCUUCAUGUCCAUUCGCUCCUUCCUCCCCCGUGACGGCACGUGGAUCGCAAAAGGGGAGCUCUUCCGCGUUCCGUUUGGCGGCUGGGCCCUCUACAACGCCGGUGACCUGGCGGUGCGCUUCCGGGACAAGAAGUCGAGCUUUGCGACGGUGAAGGGGACGGUGGGGCCGAUGAUGGAGAACGCCCGCGGGCGCCUCCGCCGCGGCCGCAUGCUUUGCGUGUUCCCUGAGGGCGUGCGGAACAUGACGCCCGACGGCCCCAUCAACGCAUUCCGCCUCGGCUUCUUCUCCCUGGCGUUGGAUGAGGGUGCCACCAUCGUGCCGCUGGCGGUGAGCGGGACGGAGAAGCUCUGGCCGCGCGGGUCCGCCAUGAUGGACGCGGCGGACGCGUACUUUUCCUUUGGCGAGCCGAUCGACGCGGCGAACUUCAAUUCGGCCGAGGAGCUGGCGCAGCACGUGUGGAACGUGAUGACAGAGCGGCGUGAGCAGCACCCCGAUCGUGUGGAGCUGCGCGCAGCGCAGGCGAAGGAGCAGGCGAAGACGCCGGGGGAGGCCACUGCCGAGGAGAAGAAGAGUGCUUAG